UAAUCUUAGUUUCCUCAUUGCCCCUACAGAUUCUUUUUAUUUACGCUGUCUGGGACUUGACUUCUUCCUCGCUAAAACCAACAAGAAUAAAAAAAAAAAAUACUUCACUUCUGUUUCAUCAUCUCUAUCCACUACAAUCAUUCUGAUUCAUGGCUCGAGGAUCCUCUCAGUCGCAGACAACCACCUCCGCCUCUGCCUCUCGUCCAGGCGUCAUGGCCCCGCGAGGCUCGGCAGCUGCGACCGCCGGGAUGCGCCGCCGUCGCGUCACCAGUUCCUCUGGAGGCGGAUCCAGCUCGGUAGGAGGCGCUGGAGCGAGCUCUAAUAUGCUCCGUUUCUACACCGAUGAUGCGCCGGGACUCAAGAUCUCGCCGACCGUCGUCCUCGUCAUGAGCCUCUGCUUCAUCGGCUUUGUCACCGCUCUCCAUGUGUUCGGAAAGCUUUACCGCGCCAAAACUGCAGCCUGAGGAUCGUUUUUUAUUUCUUUUGUGAUCUCGGUAACGCAAUGUUCCCUAACUUAUCCUGUUUGGUAUCUGCUUGUAAAUUAUCGCAGAUAAAUGUGGAUUUUGUUUGGAUGAUGUUACUUUUAAUUAAAGUAUGAGGUUUUGGUACUUAAA